GCGUCAGUCGGGCUGUGCGGUCGCGUGCUCGUCGGCGCGUGGCCUGCUCGUCCAGAUCAUGGAUGCAGUCAAUAAUUUGUAUUUCCACGGCGAAGUACAGCAGCGCCACACCGUCUCAGCUGGGCAGCAGCUCGCACUGGACCACAUCAGCGACGUGGUGCAGCGGGCCGGACCGCCCAUGAUCGAGCCCGCGGCAGCCUUUCGAGCGCUGCGCGGAUCGGCGCCAGGGUACACGGAGCCCCCGGCAGAACAUUCACCCUAUCGACGAGGCGCUGUCUCGUUGCCGGCUCCUGGAGCGGACCUUGCCCGUGGUGACGUCUGCCUUCGCGGACCGGCAUUGCAAAUGUGGACAGGGUGGCGAGACUGUCUCUUGCACCCCGACCCGGACCUCUCCGGGGCAGUGCGGCCGAACUCGGACCCCAAGCUGAUCCGGGACAGCGGUGCGUACGCCGAGUUUUUGGUGGACAUGGCACGUUCAGGGCUCGUCUCUUUCACGAGCGAGAGGCGGUCCACCGUGGGAGUCUUUCUCGUGCAGAAAGGCCCAGAUCGUCUGCGAUUCAUUCUGGACACCAGACGAGCAAACAAGUGGGUUUUGGAUCCUUGCCACGCCCAGCUCUCUACACCAUCGAGCUGGUCCUCGCUCUACUUGCCGCCGGAGGCGGAGCUGAUGAUGUCGCAGACCGACGUCAACAACGCGUUCUACCGCAUCCAGCUGCCCCCCCGGCAUGUGCUCCCCAUGGGGUUCAACUGGGCGCUGUUCUUCUGCCGGGGGAUGGUCCGCAACGCCGCGGAGGACGCUGGCUUUGCUGACAGUCGGAUGUUCCUGGAUCGCCACUCGGCUCCCGACAUCGCCACCGAGGCAGGCGCCGCCGUGCACGUCGACGGCGUGGCCGUGGUGGGGGCGGACCUGGAGGCGGUCGAGGCCGGCGGGGCCGCCGUGGCCAAGCAGCUGGAGCAGCGCGGCCUCCAGGUGAAGGGGGUCGAGGGUCCCUCGGACUCCCAGACCUUCAUGGGGGUGGAGUUCGAUCGGGCCUCCGGCCGCAUCUCGCUCAGCCGCGAGAGGAUCUGGAGGCCGCGCGCGGCCUUGCUGCUUGCUACGGACCAGCGCUACCUGACUGGACGCCACAUGCGGCGGCUGGUCGGCCACUACACGUGGGGCGCGACCCUGCGGCGGGAGCUCCUCAGCGUCGUCAGCAGCGUCUACGCGUGGGCGGAGGAGGCGGGCGACAGGAGGUGGCGCCUCUGGCCGUCGGCCGAGCGAGAGCUCCGACAGGCCGCCGCUCUCCUGGCCUUCGCAUUCGCGGACCCGCAGCGUCCGUUCCACACCGCGGUCGUGGCCACCGACUCCUCGGGCGCCGGGCAGGACGACGCCGGUGGCUACGGCGUGGUCGCGCAGGAGUGGCCCGCGGAGGAGGUCCGCCGCUGCUGCGGGCAUGCCGAGAAGUGGCGCUACGGGGCGCAGGGGCUCGUCGCGGCCCGAGCGGCCGCGCUGGGCAGCCCAGCGGACUCCUGCCCGCCACGCCCUGGGGCGGAGAGCGGCGAGAGGACCGCGGACUUCGAGAGCAUGACGCGGGACGACAUCGGGGCCUUCGAUAACUGGAAGCUGGCCGUGCUCGCCAGCCGCUUCGACGCCGAGCUGGAGAGCGCGGCGCGCAGCCUCGGGCCCGCCGGCGGCGGGGCCACUGGCGGCCGCCCCCUCGCCGGCCUCGGCGACCAGCUCGCUGCUGAGGAGGCCGGGCCCGGCCCUGUCGCCGCGGACGCCGGCGAGCUCAGCGACAGCUCCUCCAGCUCUAAGGAGAGCUGGCCAGCCGGCGUCGGCGACAGCGGCGGCCAGGAGCCGCCGCUCACGGGGUGGGCCGACCGCGGCGCGAGCGACUCGAGCAGCAGCGCGCGCCCUGCGAGCCCGCCGCGGUCAACAGAGUACCAGAAGUUCCACCAGGCGUUCCUGGAGUGGAGCAGCCGGGAGGGGCAGCCGCUGGACACGGACCUCCAGAUCGACUGGGCCCUCAGCAGGUACAUGGACUACCUGUGCUACGAGGGCUUCAAGGCGGACGCUGGCGAGAAGGUGCUGGCGGCCGUGGUCUUCCACGGCCCGGUGGAGGGCAUGGAGCUCCCUGGAGCUCGCCGGGCGCUGGCGGGGUUCCGGCGCCGGGCGAGCGCGAGGGCCCGCAGCCCGCUGCCGCUGGCGGGCGUGAUGGCCAUCGUGGGUGCAGCGGCGGCCGACGGCCAGCUCCCCUUCGCCUUGUGGCUGGUGCUGGCGUGGGAGGCGUACCUGAGGCUGCCGUCCGACCUCGUGAGCAUGGUGGGCGCCUCGCUGGUCAAGCCAGCCGCCCGGAGCCCCCGGGCCUGCUGGGGCUUGCUCCUGUUUCCCCAAGAGGGGGAGGCGCGCAGCAAGAUGGGGCACUACGACGAGGGGAUCAUGCUGGACGGCCUAGCGCCUUUCCUUCGCCGUCUGAAGUCCCAGACCGGCGACGCCAGCCCGCUGUGGUCCUUCUCGAGCGCUACCUUCCGGCGCCUGUUCAACGAGUAUGCCGCG